CGCCGGAGCGCCAAGAAACCAAGAACCCGCUCCCCGUCUCCGCCGCGCAGAUCCCACCUCCUCUCCUCCGCGGCUGUCCAGCUCAAGCGACCCAUGGAGCUGUUCCAGCACGGCCAGCACGUGCGGCUGCGGAGCCGCGCGCUGGGCACGUACCUGCACGCCGACGAUGACGGGCAGGGCGCCUCCCUCCACCACCGCCGGGCGUCGAUGAACGCGGCGUGGGCGGUGCACGUGCACCAUCCCCCCCGCGCGCAGGUGCCGUACCUGCUCCUCCACAGCGCCGCCUACGGCCUGUACCUCGCCGCCACGGACGGGCCGGCGCCGGUGGGCCUCCGCGGGUUCCGCGUCGAGCUGCGCAGCUACGACCAUCGCGAGGCGGACGCGGUCUGCUGGACGGCCAGCCGGACGGGGUCCGGGGACGACGUCCGGCUCCAGCACUUCAACCUCGGCUGCCUCCGCGCCAACGGCAAGUACCUCCCCUGGAACAACGGCGCCAGCAUCGGCCACAUCGACGGCGCCAGCACGAUGAUGCACUGGGUCGUGGAGCCCAUCCCCGCCCGGGAGACCAUGCCUCCCCUCCCACGUUCGACCGGGCUUACCCUCCCCCGGGCCGUGCUGCCGUCGCGGCAGAUCGUGUACGUGUGGACGGACAACCACGGGGACCUCAUCACCAGCGGCUGGCACACGUUCAGGGGGAGAUCCGUGUUCCGCCUGAGGAAGGAGCUGGCCAGGCUGCUCAACGCCGUCCAAGUCUUGGGCGUCGGCGACCUCGUCUUGUGCCUCCCCACACGUGAUGGCCGGCUUUUCCCACUCCUCGUCGACCUGCCCAACAACCGCCAGCCCCUCCACGUCGUCGUCGUCAUCGCCGGGACGCCUCUUCACGCGCGGCUGCGGUAUGCGGAUGUCGAUGCAGAGUAGAGAGAUACCCCUACAAGUCGCUUUCCUGUCCACGUCUUCAGAAGUGUCGCCGCCUCAGACACGAUGACAUUAGAGCCCGGUUCCUUCCGUUGAGAUAUGGGUUCAGGAAAACCCAGCAGUUGUUGUGUUUCUGCUAGCUAAGCUAAACUUGGUUUGUUCUCCUGACAGUAGGAAACCUAUUUGCGUUGGCAUCACGGUUCUAAAAUUCUGAAACUGUUUGAACAAUGAUGCAGUGACAUCAGCCUGUAAUGUGUUGACAAUUGCCACUA